AUGGAUGUUUUCUGCUAUUCCUGGAAUUCCCAAAACAAUUUACCAAACAUCUAUUUUCUUCUCUACAUUUCGAUUUUCUUGUUCUUUACCACUUCUAAAGCAUUUGCAGCUCCAUUAAGCUUCAACUUUCCUAGCUUUGAUUCUAAUCAUCCAGAAAUUUACACAGAACGAAAUGCUAGUGUCAGCAGUGAAGGAAUUGAACUAACCACAAACAUGCGGGAUUUAGAUCAAAGUGGAAGUGUUGGUCGAGCCACAUACAUAAAACCUCUGCAUCUCUGGGAUAAGGCAUCAGGAAACCUCACCAACUUCACUACCCAUUUCUCCUUUAUCAUUAAUUCAAAAGGAAAAUCAAACUAUGGAGAUGGGCUAGCAUUUUUUCUCGCUCCAAAUGGCUCGAGAGUUCCUUCAAAUGUAAAAGCCGGUGGUGGUCUUGGUUUAGUCAUCGAUGACAAUUCCACUCAUGCGCUAAAUUACUCCGAAAAUCAGUUUGUUGCUGUGGAAUUUGAUACAUAUCAAAAUGAAUGGGAUCGGCCGAUGUUUGAUCAUGUAGGUAUCAAUAUAAGGUCCAUGAAAUCUGUUGCUACUGUGACAUGGGCAAACUGUGUAAAAUAUGGGAGAACUACAGAUGCUUUGAUUACUUACGAUGCAAGCCAGAAAAUUUUGGAUGUCAUAUUCUCUCAAGCUAACGAUUUUGGAAAUGAAGUUAUUCAGAACUAUCUAUCAGCUAGAGUUGAUAUGGCUAAACAUUUACCUGAAUGGGUGACUUUCGGCUUCUCUGCUAGUACUGGACUUUCAUAUGAGAUCAACAGAAUUACAUCAUGGGGGUUCAAUUCAAGUUCCGAAAUUCUAGAUGACGAAAAUGCAAGCUUGCCAAGUAAUAUUGCACCUGCACCUGCACCUCCACCAGCAAAAAUUCCACAAAUUUAUAAAGCAAGUAGAGGUAAAGCAGGAAAGCUUGCAGGCUUGAGUGUGGCAGCAUGUACUUUGAUCAUUAUUGCUGUGGGUUUCGUUUCAUAUCAUUUGAGGAAGAAGAGAAAACAAGUAAAAACCUGUGAUCCUACUUUUGAUGUUUCUUUAGAAGAUGGUUUCAAUAAUGGGACAGGACCAAGAAAAUUUUCAUAUAAUGAAUUGGCAAAUGCGACAACUAAUUUUUCGGAGGGAGAGAAGCUUGGUGAAGGAGGAUUUGGUGCAGUUUAUAGAGGUUUCCUGAAAGAACUCGAUUCUUAUGUUGCUGUUAAAAGGGUAUCAAGGGGAUCUAAACAAGGCAUUAAAGAAUACAUUGCAGAAGUGAAAAUCAUUAGCAAAAUGAGGCACCGGAAUUUGGUGAAGCUUUUUGGUUGGUGCCAUGAAAGAGAACUACUACUUGCAUAUGAGUUCAUGCCUAAUGGAAGCCUAGAUUCCCACCUGUUCAACGUCAAAAGCUUGUUGACGUGGGAGGUGAGGUAUAGAAUUGCUCAAGGAUUAGCCUCUGCGGUGCUAUAUCUACACGAAGAAGGCGAUCAAUGCGUUCUUCAUAGAGAUAUCAAAUCAAGCAACAUAAUGUUGGAUUCUAAUUUUAAUGCAAAACUUGGGGAUUUUGGAUUAGCUAGGCUCGUUGACCAUGCAAAAGGGUUUCAAACAACAGUUUUAGCAGGAACUAUGGGUUACAUGGCUCCUGAAUGUUUCACAUCAGGAAAAGCUAGCAAAGAAUCUGACAUAUACAGUUUCGGAAUUGUUGCUUUGGAAAUAGCCUGCGGAAGAAGAGUUGUUGAACCAAGACUUGAAGAAAACCAAGCAAGAAUUGUUGAAUGGGUGUGGGAAUUAUAUGGAAUGGGGAAAAUACUUGAAGCUACUGAUCCAAAACUAUGUGGAGAUUUCAAUGAACAAGAAAUAGAGAGAUUGUUAAUUGUUGGUCUUUGGUGUGUUCAUCCUGACUGCAAAUUUCGUCCUACAGUAAGGCAAGUAAUUAAUCUGCUGCUUACUUCUGAGGCUCCUCUGCCUAUCCUUCCACCUGAAAUGCCUGUGCCAACUUAUCUUGCUCCUCCAUCUACACCAAAAUUAGCAUCACCCAUUUUAUCUGAUGAUUCUACCAGCAGCAAUGGACGGCUAAGCUAUACAACUGAUUCCUCAACACUCUCAUCAAUUGCUAGAGCAUCAUCUCCUCCUGUAUCAAUGUUGUUGAACAAUUUGUAA